UUUGAACGGUUGCAUGGAAACAGUUAAUUUUCAAUAUACACCAAUAAUCUGAUAGAGUUUAAUAAAUCUGUCUUUAAUUGCAAUAAUGUGGUGAAGCCGGUUAGCGUUUGAUUUCAAUGGAAACUAAAGUGAAAGCGGUGCUGCAUGCUGUUCCUCCUUAUGGACACAUCCUAGUCAGCGAGAAGUGGAGACACACAACACUUAUUCAAAGUUUAAAGGCUGGAGGUGUGAAGAUCCUCUUUGAGAACGAGCUCGGUGUGGCAGAUUUCCACCUUCCCAACAAAAGCUGCAUCCUGUACGUGUCCGAGUGCGACAUCAUAGCAGGAAGCAGCUACAAGAGGAAGCUGGUUCGCUACAGAAAUGCCAGCAGCAGUCUCCAGCAGCUGGUGUUGGUGGAGAACACCAGACUGAGCGAGCAGUACUUCUCCACUGUCCAGAAGUUUGUGGUGUUCGACCUCGGCCUGACUCUCCUGCCGGUCAGCGGGCAGACUGAGGCCUCACAGCUCAUCAAUCAAAUGAUCAACAGCGACGGCAGAGAGAACCCCUUCAGGCGGAGGAGUGCGACUCGGCUGUUGGAUCCUAUGGUCCUGGCCCUGGUGCAGCAGGUCCCGGGGGUGGGCAGGGUCAAAGCUCUGGCUCUGCUGCAGCACUUCUCCAGCAUCAAUCAGCUGUGUAACGCCGACCUUUCCGAGCUGGAGUCCAUCGUGGGUCAGGCUGCCGCUCAGCACAUCCACAACUUCUUCCACAAACCCACAGCUGCUGGGAGCUGAAAGCUGAAAGCAGUCCUGGACUCUUU